AUGUUUUCACCCACACUCCCAUCGCAUCCUCUGCUUUUUAUCACAGGUGCAAAUGCAACACUCAUUGAUGAUGCAAAACAUGGACAUGGAUUUGAAUUAACAUUGCAGAAUAUGGACAAGCCGAAACAAUAUCAUUUUUAUACUGAAGGACCAGAAGAGGCCACACAAUGGUGUCAACAAAUAAAUAUUGCUUCUCGUGGAGUACUACCAACAGAUCAUUGA